GGCGCUGCAGUUAGAAGGAGCCACCGUCAGCAGCUCGGAAAUCAGAUUUCGUCUUUUGUUCCCUUCAAACAUGGCGGAGGUCAGGCUAAGUUUUGGAAGGGGAUCGUACAACUUUGCACACAAAAUAUACAACCGACAACUCCUUAAAAGUCAAGAUAAAGGUGCAAUACAGGCUUCGUCUCUAUCGGCUGGUUUACUGUUGGGUGAUAUCCAAAAUGGAGAACUGCAUGGAGCCGAAAAUGCAGAAGACAAAGUGACCGGUGGAGUUUCAAAGGACAAUUACACAAGCGUGACACCACUGUAUGGUACGGUUUACGAGGUUUGGGAAAAUGCAAAUAUCGCUGAAUGUUAUGAUUUUCUUGGACUCGACAAAGAGUGUUCACUUUCUAAUAAGUCCAAGGUUCAAAAUAUAGAGACAAAUCUACUCUGGUACCGGAUUAACACUAAAUUUCGGAGGACUUUCUGCACAUCCGGGUCCGCUCCUCGACAACAGACUUUUGGUUUGUUUUGGGGACAUGGACAGUUCAUCAGAGCUUACAACAGCAACGGACCCCGAUCUGAGCCCCUUUACAAAACCAAAACAGGCUACUAUGAAAUCCUGGAGGUGUCACCUACCGCCACUCAAGUCCAGAUAAAAACAGCCUACUACAAGCAGUCCUUCGUCUACCACCCGGAUAGAAACGCCGACAGUGAGCACGCCACUGUCCGCUUUUCUGAGAUCAGCGAGGCCUACACCGUGCUGGGCAAUAAGGCCCUGCGGAAGAAAUACGACCGGGGUAUGUUGAGUCAGUCGGACCUUAUGGCAACAGCCAGACCCUCCGCCAAGGACACAGGGAGCUACGCGAAACAGACAACCGGAAGCCGACGGUCUGUGGUGGGCGCAGACAGCCGGGGAGACGUCUUUGAUUUCGACAAGUUUAUCAAGGCCCACUACAACGAGCAGCUGCAGAGGGAAAGAGAUAUCCGAGUCCGAAAAGAGGAGAUGCUUAAGAAGAAGCAGGAGACGAUUGAGGAGAAGAAGAUGGGAAGGAUGAUGGAGAUGGGAGUUGCGGUGCUGAUAGCUAUGGCCGUGGGCAUACUGGCCAGUUUAAAGCGGUGAUGAAGUACAUUCACAUGGAGACAUGGAGAAACACCUGUGUGUACAGACAGACAGACACACACACACACACACACACACACACACACACACACACACACACACACACACACACACACACACAAAUACUGUUCACGUGACUGCUGUCGCCCUCUAUUUUGACCCUGUCAUCUGAACUCUUUAUGUAGGGCGACAUGAACAAAUAAAAAAUGCAAUUAAAAUAGGAUUACACUGAAAAGCUGCAAAACAAAGACUAAACCGAAAUGUGCAUGUUUUAGUUCCUCAGUUUGCAAUCCCAGCACAGUGCUGUAUACUUUCAUACUGUCUGAACACAGCAUUCACUGGUUUUUGCCCAGUUUAGCUUUUGUCACUCUGUUUGUCAGUCACACGCACACAGUCAAUGCGUACUAGUACUGACAGUUUUGAGUCUGCCAUAACCUACCAGAAUAAAAUGACAUUAUUUUAUUUUAAAUCAGUAAUUAUCUGAUUAAAGAAUAAGUAACAUGAGUAUGAAUCUUACCAGGCAAUCACAGCAUUAUGUACUUUCCAGUUCUGAUACAGAAACAUUUGAGUCCGUGAAUGCUGUCUUCAAAUUAAAUCCACAAGUCACUGGUUGAUUUACAACCUACAAUCAUUCAAUUUUGGCUUUUAUAAAGUCAUCUGUCUUGCAGAUAUCUUUAUUUUUAAUGGUUAAACUGGUUUAAAUUAUAUUUCACGUAUAGCUAUUUAUGAAAUAUUUGUGGCAAUGAAAGGAAUUAUGGGAUGUGUGUGUGUAUCAGUCAUAUCUUGAGAGCCCAUGGAACGGGGGUAUUAUAGGAACUGUAGGUUUAUGCUCAUUAAAAAGGUGCCUUGGAUUGUUCCAUUGUUCAGAUAUUUAACUAAUAAAUACAUCUUGAGCAGUGCCUGUCAGAGCACAGUGA